AUGCCCCCCAGUGGCCGUGUGCUGUCAGGUGUGCUUCAUAUGCCCAGAGCUGUGGCCUUUUCCAGUCAGCGGGCCUUUUACAACAGCGAUGAUGCGCGAAGGAAGAUGCAACGCUUUCAGGACAGAUUCUCAGAGGAUGACUUUGCUGAAGCUCGCUUAUGUCUAGACGAUGCCCGGGAGUCCCAAGGAACCACAUACUUCAAGGACGACAUCGAGGAAGCCCACGAAGCAGUGGAGAAAGUCGCGGAGGUCUAUGAGGAUCUCCUGUCAAACCUGCCUGACGAAGGACGCCGAGAGUUUGAGGACGCCAACAGCCUGAAGAUGAAAUCCUUGAAGGAAGAGCCUCCUGGAUGCAGCAAUGGGAAGGUCUUUCUUCACUGGCUCCAUGUGGAUGAAGAUGAGGCAGUGGGUCAUCCCGCUCAUCCGGAAGCCACCAAUCAGCUGGGGACAUGCUGUGGUGGCAAUCUCACAGAUUCAGAGACAGCCGAAAAGGCCAAACAACUGGACCACUCUGAUGCAGGUCUCACGAGAGAGCUGGUACGUCGCGUGGUGCGAAACACUGGUCUGUCCUUGGGGCCUGAACGAAAGGAAAUCCUAGACACCCGUUUGGACACGCUCGAGGAGUUGGAGUCGGACUUUGGAGAGAUCAAUUCCCACAUGCAACAGCAGCAGAAAGGUCAGGGUCAGUCGGAGGACCUGCAGCUCCAACCGCUUCGAGAGAAAUAUUCUCUGGGAAGGACCAAAUUUGGAGAGGGAGCCUUUGGCACUGUUUGGAAGGGCACGGAUCGGAAAACCGGAAAUGUGGUGGCCAUCAAGCAGAUGAGCAAGGCCAAGCUAAGAAAAGGAGGAGUGAAGCUGCAGGAUAACAUGGGACGGGAGGUGGUAAUGAUGCGAGCGUGUCAGCAUGAGAACAUCGCCCAACUCUUUGGAGUGUUCCAGGAGGAGAAGCAUGUGUACUUGGUCAUGGAAUGUUGCGAAGGAGGUGACAUCGGUGAGCGUGUCAUUAGUCAAAAGGCUCAAGUCUCAGAAGAGCAGUCCGCUGAAUGGUCCCGGCAGAUGUGUGCUGCGGUGGCCAGCCUCCAUGGCAUGCGAAUUUGUCAUCGGGACUUGAAACCGCAGAACUAUAUGCUGGCGCGCGGAUCCACGUUAAAACUUUCAGACUUUGGUCUAGCGGUUUUCGUGCCCAAAGGGCAAAGCCUCAGCGACAAAUGUGGCACGCCUGGUUAUAUGUCGCCUGAAGUGCAUUUAUUGCCUCGCAAGAGCCGAGGUUACAGCUUCCCAGCUGAUGCAUGGGCGCUAGGCCUUUCUAUCUACACGCUGAUCUUCCGGCACAAUCCUUUCUUGGACACCCGAGGUUUCGUGGACGAGACCUCAUUGCCCUUUGCUCGGAAUGUGGCAGCCGAUCGACGUGUUUCUAUUCCAUACUGGUAG